UGAAGAGCAGCUACUAGCUAGCGCUCAUCACGUCCACAGUGAAAAAACUUCGGAGGCAGGCGGCUGCUCACACGAGUGUUCAUGACGAAGCACCAGGCAGCUCUUUAUAUCACGCGUGGACAUUUUCUCGUCGAACUGACACAGUUUGAGCUCCGUUUUUUGGGGGGCCAUUAAUUAACUGCAAGCACCUGGAAGGACGGGCCUUAAACUAGAGGAGACCAAAACAAGCAACCGUCAGUACACCAAGCUUUCACUAGCUCUUCUUCGGCAUGAAUCGGCUCUUUCUGACUGGAUGAAAUGCCUUGACCUUGCCUCUGCCGCACCAUGGCAGGUUUAGUCUCUUUUGUGGGAUUGGUGCUGAUGGUCAAGGCUCCUAUGAACAUCCAAGGCCACCAUGCACUGCUCCUGGGGAUGACAGUGUUGGUAACACUGAUCGCAGCUGACUCACCUGUUGCAGAUAAGUUGCUUUUAGACUCAACACACCACCCCGUGGGAGAUGAUACGAGUUCAACAGGAUCAUUACCAUCUGGCUUACCAACUGCACAUUACACUGCCUUUGAGGACCUAGAUCCUGGUGCCCUGCCAUCUUUAAGUGAACCUGACUAUGAAGCUACAACUGCUGUCAUGGGCUCUAACCCAAAAUUCGAGGCACUGGCUAAUCUAUCAACAGACUGGAAGCUGGCCAGGACAAAUUCUGCCAAGCAGUCUUCCUCUACUUCACCAACUCUUACAAAAACCCAACUCCAGGCUCACUCGCACAUAUCCUUAACACGCUCAACCCUCUCCACUGUGAGGCCAGCAACGCCUCAGCUCCAUCUUAAUUCUGAACUGAAAGCUCCAAAAUCAACCCUAACAUCUUUCAGCAUGCAGCAGAAUGUUGGGUCAAAGCAAACACAGACAGUCAUUAACUCACAACCCAGUCAGCCUAUUGAACUCCCUAAUCUGGCUUUUACUGACUCACCAUCAGAUGAACCUUACAGUAAAGUAUUGGAUAUGAACCAUUUUAGCCCCAGCAGGGCCCCACUGCAGGAGAAUAAACUGACUCAUGACAUGAACAUCCCACACAGCUCAACAUUUCUGGCCCCUGGCUACAAUGUGCCCCACUUCUCCCCCCACUCGACAUCACAUUUAUCUGAACCCACUGAGGUCACUCCAGAAGACUUUUACCCCACCAAAACAAUGGAAGUGGACUGGGGUUCUGGGGACUACUUGGAGACAAUGUCAGUCUUGGAUUCAGAUGGAAACAGCUACCCUCUGGUCACAAAGGUGCCCUCUGAUUUUGAUGAUGGAGAGGACUAUACAGAAACCUAUGACACAUCUUUCCCUUCCAGAUUGGGCAUAUCUCCUUCCUCCUUGCAUCUUCAUCACAUCCAAUCGUCUCUCAGCCUCAUAACAGCUUACUCCUCCGUUGUGCCUCUAAAAUCCAUCCACCCUUCCUCUUUUUCCUCAACAAUUCACAACACACUGGAACCUACAGCCACAGCUCACAGUGAUGUACCUGAUGCAUCAGAUAUAGAUUGGCCUGAUACUGUGACAAUCCAACCAACAGACGUGCUUUUACCAGACAUGAACAGCUUGGAGUAUUAUACCAUUCAGUUGACCAAGGAGAACAAUAGUUCGGACACUGGUGCUGAACACAGAGGGAACAUUACUAUCGUGUCUAUUACAACUACAGACAUCACGCCCACCAGCAGCUCCACCGAUGAUGCCAAACUGACUGAGGGAGAGUCUUCCAGUGAUCUGUCAGGGUUUGAGCCUUAUGAUGAAUUCACCACAGUGGAGACUCCUCAACUGGCCAAUGUCUCUGAGCCUUUACUGGAUCCUUCAAUAGUCCCAAGUUACUUCUUUGAUCCCACUUCUUCCAUGUGGGGUGGUAAGGUAUCCACCACAGACUGGUCUGCAUCUGCUCUUUCUGUUGGCCUGGAUAGUCCUGCACUAACAGAAGCUUUACUACCACAUGUCACACCUUCUUUGCCAGACUAUGUAAUGUCAUCCUCUUUGACAGACGUCCACUGGUUUGUUACAGAGCCAUUUGAACAAAGUACCAUACACACCACUCCUGUCUUAACUGCAACCAUAGACUUCUCUCCUGUUUUCACUGAACCUUUUAUUAACACGACUGCUGAAACAACAGACUUCAAUCCCCAAGACUCUACUUUCACAACUGAACUAACUCAAAAUAUCACAUCUAAUGUCACCUUCGGACCCCCAGUCCUUUUGGGUGAUCAAGGGGUGACUGAAGAAGGAGUUGACAUCUCAGCCACAAUGACCUUGAUCCCAACCAGCAGCGAAGCUGAUACAGACUCUGCUCUUCCCUCAACUCCUGCCACCACGACUUCUCAUCAAGCUACAACUAUCACUGCCACCAAUGAAGCCUCAACUAACAUCAGUGUCAUCUCUACCACCGGUGAAAUGACCACCACAACAACAGCAGCACCACCGUCAAGACAGUUCCUCUGCAAUGUUGACAGUUCUGCUUAUUUGAUAAAAAUUGGUUUUCCCUCUGGGGCCACUGUUGGACAUGCUAAGUCUCAAAUCAGAGAUAUAUUGAAAAUGGAAUUCAACAAGUCAGUGGAGCUGCAGGUUGUGGACCCUCCACCAAAGUUUGUGUUUCGGGUGGUGUCUGGUCCAGUUGUGUACACAGCCAUAUCUGUCGUCAACACUCUGCGAAGGUCGAAGCGGCGCUUCCUGUAUGUGUCUCCCAACUGGACAACGCCUGAUAGAAAAUAUCACGUGCACACAGUGCUCCAGUUUGUUCCCAGUCACAUAGAUGUGAGGCACUGCAACUUCAGUGGAAGCAUUGAGAAGGGGUUGACCAUGGCCUUUGCCGAAGUGCGUCGUCGCUCAAAGGAGUCAACAAACUUCACAGUGCACAUUAUAAACAUCACAAUGGCGAUUCCAAAAUAUCAGGAACAACGAGUCCUGAGGCAACCUGUGGACAUCACCUUCACUGUCCGCGGGUCAAGAGGUUAUCUGAUAGGGUCAGAGGUCAGCAAUGCUCUGAUGAAGCUCACCAUGGUAGAGUUCAGCUAUUACAUGGGUUUUCCUGUACUGCAGAUUGCUGAACCUUUCCAUUACCCAGAGUUGAACACCAGCAAGUUGCUUCGCUCCUCCUGGGUUAGAACAGUGUUACUGGGUGUGCUUGACCAGGAAGUGGGCGAAAGAACUUUCCAGGCCAACAUGGAACGUCGGGUGGCCAUGUUACUUGGGGAGGCAAAGGAACCAGUCAAACGUGUUAAGAGAGCCACCACCAUGGGCAAUGGCAGCGUACAGGUUGUAAGUACGAACCGGCUCGUGGGUGACGACCACCCGUUGGAGCUGCUGUAUUUUGUGGAGGAUCUCAGUGGUCAGAGAGUUCCUGCUGUCCAAACGGCCAGCCUGCUCAACAACCUGGAUGUUCAGCGGGCUGCCAUCAUCUUGGGAUAUCGUGUCCGGGGCAUUUUAGCUGAGCCUGUAGAGAAAGUGACAACUUUACCCUCAAACACCGAGAACACCAACGUGUGGAUCGUCAUCGGCGUGGUGAUCCCGCUCCUUGUCGUCGUCAUCAUCAUUUCAAUCCUGUACUGGAAACUGUGUCGGACGGACAAGCUGGAAUUCCAGCCAGACGCCAUGACCUCCAUGCAGCAGCAGAGACAGAAGUUGCAAGCUCCCACUGUGAAAGGCUUUGACUUUGCCAAACUGCACCUUGGCCAGCAGAGUAAGGAUGAAAUCAUGGUGAUCCAGGAGACGGUUCCGCCAGGGCCCGGGUCCCUCCCCAUGUCCAUUAAAGAUGGCUUCAGCCCAUCUGAGAAUGGCGAGAUCCCCACACCCUUAACCAAAACCUCAGCCUCUCCCACCAAGGCAUCCCGGGGCGACCGCAGGCGAGAAAGGAUCUCGCCAUCAGACGUUGACUCGGUGGUAAGUGACCGUUCGAGUGAGCAGGAAUCAACUGAGGAGAACCUGAGAGCGCACGCCACGCCCAGCGACAACAGGCAGACCCGCAAGGUCCCCAUCAAUGUUUUAAAUGGCAAGAAUAGAAUUGGUCCUCCGCCGAUGAACAGCGCACACGAACAGCUGUCGUCAGCCACCAUCUUUGACCACGUUGACCGCAUGACUCGUGCCACGGACGCAAGCAGGAGACUCCCCACCAAAGUCCAGCUUAUCGCCAUGCAGCCCAUUCCAGUCCCACCACUGCACAGCCCGCCUGUCAACAGCAAACUGUCCGACGCCAACCAAAUUAACAAAGAGAUCCAAGUGGCUUUAAGGCACAAGUCAGAAAUUGAGCAUCAUCGUAACAAAAUCCGUCUGCGGGCGAAGAGGAAGGGCCACUAUGACUUUCCUGCUAUGGAUGACGGUGGCCCCGGAGAUGUUAAGGACCAGGAUAGAAUCUAUCAGAAAGCACAGAUGCAGAUAGAUAAGAUCCUGGAUCCAGACGCACAGAUGCCCCCCGUCUUUAUAGAAUCCAAGAAAAGUGGUCGAGGGAGGCGCUCACCCAAACAGAGGAUGAAGGAGCAGCUGAAUGGAGGCGUAAUGGAUGCAGACAAGGACCACCUUAUCACUGACGACAGCGAUGCUGCUUACAGGAAGUGUCCUGGGGUCAACAAUGUGGCUUACGUAUCGGACCCCGACCAAGGACCAGGAUCCCCUCACAGGAGCCCAUCCCCCACUGAUGAUGUCUUCCUCGGUCCGACUUCCUCUCCUCCAGGUCAUGCCCCUCCCCCACCGCCCUACAUGCCUCCACAGCCCUCUAUUGAGGAGGCACGGCAGCAGAUGCACUCCCUGCUGGAUGACGCCUUCGCCCUUGUAUCGCCCACCUCUCAGAGCAGCACAGCAGGAAUCACACUCCCGGGAGUCAACAGCAACCCCCCUAGCUCUAGCCCUCCAGGCCGAGGCCCCAGACCCUGGGGCCCCUCCUACCAACCUCUUGGCCCUUUCCCUAGUAGGUUCACUGAGCUGGUGAUGUCUCCUCCUUCAGUCCAAGGCCUGACACCAAGGCAGGGUCUUGGCUCCAGCUACCUGCCACCAGGCGAAGCAGCAGGCCUCGGCGAUCCGUUCCAGCCGGACAGCCUGUACUCCAGCAGGAGCCUUUACGCCGAUGAGCUGCAGUCAUCGGCAAGACCGAGACCAGUCGGGGGAACUGCAGGUGCCCAGUUCCAUCAUCUUACACAGGUGGGAUUGUCCAGUCGGAUGAAUGGUUACCCAGUGGGGGGCCGGCCUGCUCCAGGCCAGAAUGGAGGCAUUGGCUGGAGCCACUACCAUGAUGACAACUUCUCUAGAGCAGAGGCUGAAAAAGAGGCAUUCCGGGACUGUCCUGACUACUCAUCCUCCCAUAUCUUCCAGAUGCCUAGAAGUGGUAUCAGGGAGCCUACAGCACCCCCUGCCCACCUAGAUCCCCCAGUGGGGGGAUACAUGUCAGCCCCACCGCCUCUGGAAAUAUCUCCUCCUACUCCCUCUUCUGCCUCCCUGAUCAAGGCCAUCAGGGAGGAACUGUUGCGUCUCUCCCAGAAACAGGCAGCUAUGCCCAGCUAUCACAGCUGA